AUGCAGCUUUAUGCAACUCCGAAGGAGGCCAUGAGGGAGACUAAACGUCGAAUGGAUGAGGAAAAGCUGAGAAGACAGCAGAAAUAUGAAAUGAAGAUGGGCCGAGGUACAAGAGUAGAUCCCGAUAAGCAUAUACCUCCGACACCUUUACCUCCGAUGGCCUAUAAUAAUAGUGCUCCAGUGACUCAAAGCAAUAUGGGGCCAUAUUAUGAUCCAAGAUAUGAAAACAGAAAAUCAGCGCCAUCUCAAAUAAACCUUCCUCCUAACUCAAGGCAAAGCCCGACAAAUCGAGUACCUAGUAGGGUUAGACCGCCCAAUAUUCCAACGCAACCUCCAACUAGGGCGACUCCACCACCACAACGUAUAGUAAGCUCACCAGCGACAACAAGCAGUCCGACUACUGUUGGCUCUAGGAACUCUAUGGACACAAUGGAGGACACCAGGGAUAUCCAGAUAGCAAUGCAAUUAUUUUUGAACCACGAUUAUAAGAAUAAAGGUAGGCUAACAGCAGAGGAACUACAAAACCUAUUACAAAAUGAUGACAAUACUCAUUUUUGCAUAUCGGCAGUUGAUGCCCUGAUAAACUUAUUCGGCGCUUCACGAUUUGGGACCAUCAACCAGAGUGAGUUCGUCUCGCUUUACAAAAGAGUUAAGAAUUGGCGAAAGGUUUAUGUCGACAACGAUAUAAAUGGAUCAUUUACGAUAUCUGUGAGUGAGUUCCAUAACUCCUUACAGGAACUUGGAUACUUGGUACCUUUUGAAGUUAGCGAAAGGCUAUUUGACCAAUAUGCAGAAUUUAUUAACCAGAGCGUUAAUGGGAAGGAGUUGAAAUUUGAUAAAUUUGUUGAAGCCCUAGUGUGGCUCAUGAGGCUGACAAAGUGUUUUAGGAAGUAUGACCUGAACCAGGAAGGUAUAGCGACAAUCCAAUACAAAGACUUUAUCGAUCAAACGUUAUAUCUGGGUAGAUUUCUGCCUCGCUAG